UACCAUGUACAAUGGCAUCGGGCUGCCGACGCCGCGGGGCAGCGGCACCAACGGCUACGUGCAGCGCAACCUCUCGGCCCUGCGGCCCAAAAAAGGGGGGGCGGGAGGGGAUCCCCCCCCCGGCGAGGAGGAGCUGAGGCGCCUGGAGGCCGCCCUGGCCAAGAAACCCAACCCCGACAUCCUCGACCACCAGCGCAAGAGGAGGGUGGAGCUGAAAUGCCUGGAGCUGGCCGAGCUGAUGGAGGAGCAGGGGGAUUUUUGGGGGGCCCUGACGGCGGCCUACCCCAGCCCUACCAUGUACAAUGGCAUCGGGCUGCCGACGCCGCGGGGCAGCGGCACCAACGGCUACGUGCAGCGCAACCUCUCGGCCCUGCGGGCCACGGAGACGCACCAGCUGGCCGAGGCUAACGAGCGCAAGAACGAGCGGCUGCGCGCCGCCUUCGGCAUCAGCGACUCCUACGUGGAUGGCAGCUCCUUCAGCCCCGCCCAGCGCGGCCCAAGGAGGCUCCUCCUGAGCCCCAAAACCCGCCCAGGUGAGGGGGGCGUGGCCAUGCAAAUGAGGGGAGCGACCACAAGGGGGCAGCAGCACCUCGGUGAUGGGAAAGGGGGCGUGGUCAUGCAAAUGAGGGGCGCGGUUAUGCAAAAUGAGGCGUGUGGCCACAAGGGGGCAGCAAACGCCCUGGUGCCGGAAAAGGAGGCGUGGUUAUGCAAAUAA